UACUGGUGAUGCACGCAGUUGCUUCAGACCUUUCCAAAUUCCAACUGCUAUGUUCUUACUUUCCUUGAACCAAGAGUAAAGAAGACUUUGCAAGGUAUCAGCACGGAUGCCUUUCUUCCCCUUCUGAUCCCAAUAAUAUUAAAAUAACCAUCACAGAAGUAUAAAUCCAUCUACGCAUCCUUUGUCAUCUACACUGUCGCAAAACGGGAAGGAGAUCAAGAACGUCAGGCCAAGCUUCUCGCAAGGAGGAGAUCAAGAAACCCGGCCUAGGGCAAUCCGGUCGCAAGUCGCGACGACGGAAUCAUGGGUGUUCUUGGCACCCUUGCUAGAAAUCUGGACGCCCUUGUUGGGCCAGGGAUCAUGCUACUCUAUCCUCUCUACGCGUCCAUGCGCGCCAUAGAGAGCCCUUCUUCCCUGGACGAUCAGCAGUGGCUCACCUACUGGGUCCUGUAUUCCCUGAUCGCCCUCUUCGAGCUCUCAUGCUGGAAAGUCCUGCAGUGGUUUCCGCCGUGGCCGUACAUGAAGCUGCUGUUCUGCUGCUGGCUGGUGCUGCCCAUCUUCAACGGCGCGGCCUACAUCUACGAGGCGCACGUCCGGCGCUACUUCAAGAUCGGCAGCUACGUGAGCCCCAGCUACAGCGAGCGCCACCGCCGGGUGCUGCAGAUGACGAGCCUUGACGCGCGCAGGUCCGUCGAGCGCUUCAUCGACACGCACGGGCCCGACGCGCUCGACAGGAUCAUCCGAGCUGCUGAACAGGAAGCCAAGAGGGCAUAGCAGCUUAGCGUGCGCUGUGACUUAAGGGAUUCAGUCCAUAGGGCUUCAGAAUUCAGAUGGGGUGAAGGCGAAGCAAUGCGAAUGGAUAACCGAAGCAGCCUGAUGCCUGGCUCGUGUGAUUACUUUGUGCAGUGCAGACAUGGUACGCGUGCGUGUUUGUUUGAUCAUUACGUCUGGCCUUGCCAACACUUCAAGAAAAGAAUCAAAAGAUGGCAUGGGGCCAUGAGAGAGAGAGCAUGGUUUGAAUGAAGCUGCAAAUCUGGUGGUGUACUUGUGGAAUCUUUCGCGGAAUUCAGGUGUGCAUGAGAAUUGAAAACGAAAAAAAAAGUGAUUCGAUCGGAUAUUUUCUAAGUACCCGAUGCAAAUGUAUGAAAGCAUGAAAAAUUACAGAUAAGGCGCGAGCUUGUACACAGGAAAGAAUUGCACGGCUACCUCCUCUUGGAGCCCUGUUUAAUAUUGCAGCCUUUGCGCAGUGGUGGGUGGAUUAUAUCAUA